AUGACCGUUCACAUAUUGACCGCUCAAAGGCUGGUACAACUCGCAACUUUCCAUCCAAAACUUCAAAAUACGUGGUACCUUCUUGCUGCUGCUACGUUUAGCGCGUGUAAUGAGCCGCAGGAAAUCCCGAGGUUAUACCACUUCGCUAUGAUCAACGAACUGUGGAUGGGGCAAACACUGAGAGCAGCGAAUAAAGCUAUAGAAAUAACACACGACGCAGAAAAUCUGCAAUCGCAGCUGAAUGAAGUGUAUCGAGAGCCGACACCCUUUCAAAAAUUGGCGACAGAUAAGUUCCGGGAGGUGUUGCUAAAGAGCAGCGCUUUGACUGGGCUGCCCAAGGCAAUUAAUAGCUUGCAGGCGUUGAAAGUGGUGACCCCCGAGGGCCUUGGAGCUGCCGCGGAGCAGGUCGAUACGAAGAGUGACAUGGCGUGGACGGACACGAAAAGGUGCGCCGAACAAAACGGUCAACAGACCAUUCGGGACGGUAUCGAACACUGGAGCAAGAUUUACAAUAAGGUCUCGGAUAAAGUCGCAAAUAAUCUGAAUUCUUCAUACCCCGAUUUAUGGCAGUUCACUCUAUGUCACGUAUAUGGUCCGCUGCUGUCAUAUGAUGAGGUUUUGAGUGCACAGGAGACAAGCCUGGCGAUAAUUGCAUCUUUGGUUCCACAGGACGUGAACCCCCAACUCUGGGGCCAUUUGAAAGGCGCUGUGAACGUCGGCUGUGACCCAGAAACUAUUGACGCGGCGAGAAACCUCAGCAUUCUUGUGGCAACGUGGUGUAACGUACGGUGGCGGUCCGAAGUUGUAAAACUCUAA